UUCAGAUUUAGUUUGUAAAUCAAUAUGAUGUAUGUAAUAUGGACCGCUAUAGCGGGUAUUGUAGCCGCAAUUCUUCUUUAUAUAGAUUACCUGUUAAAUUCAAUGGAAGAAAUUGAUAGAAUGGAAUUUGAAGCCAAACUUUAUCUCAGACCGUCAAUUGUUCAAUUGCUGAGCAAUUUUAAUAAAAGUGAUAUCAUACGGCCAAAGAAAGUUUACAGGAUGAUCUAUGACAAUGGGUUUGAAUUGCUGCUUCCCAGUCGAGAAUGGGCCGUUGCUGCAAAAGAAGCUUUGACUCUUGACUACAAGAAUGACGAUAUCAUUGUUUCGUCGUUUCCAAAAUCUGGUACAACAUGGAUUCAAGAAAUUACUUGGCUGAUUUGCAACAACGCAGAUACUGUGGAUGCACAGAAAUGCUCACUUCUAAAUCGUUCUCCAUUUUUGGAGAUGGCAUCGCUAAGGAACAACAGUGCUCUCGGGAUACAAGUGUUGAAGAAGUGGCCAAAAAAUAAGCAAAGACUAAUCAAGACGCAUUUGCCAUUUGAAACGUUGCCAGAAGCAUUUCAAACGGGAAAAUGUAAAGUCAUUUAUGUUGCAAGGAAUCCCAAAGAUGUUUGUGUUUCGCUGUAUUAUUUUGGUAUAAUAAACGCAGCUGUCCCUCAUCCUGGAAAUUGGAGCACAUUUUUAGCCUCAUAUUGUUCCGGAGAAAUAAUUUAUGGAAGCUGGUUUUCACACGUGAAGGAAUAUUGGAAAAAAUUUCAAGAAAACAAGAGCUGGAUUUAUUUCACAACCUAUGAAGACUUAACAAAAGAUCUCAAAGGACAAAUUAUUGCAAUCUCAAAAUUUCUGGGAAAGAACUUAACUGACAAGCAAAUCGACGUCAUAGCUGAACAUUGUACGUUUGAAAGCAUGAGUAAAAACAAAAGCACCAACUAUUCGCACUUGACUGAUAGAGGUUCUGGAUUCAAAAAUGCAAAGUUUAUGCGCAAGGGAAAAGUAGGAGAUUGGAAAAAUCAUUUUACUUUGAACGAAAAUGAAGCUUUUGAUAAUUUGUAUGAAGAAAACAUGAAGGACAGUGGAUUGGACUUCAAAUAUGAAUUAUAAUUAUUAUAUUUAAAUAAUCAAUACUGAUUCACAGUAACAUCUGAAUCUUCGAGGGUUAACUUGUCAACUUCUAGCAAAUGAAGCAAACAUACAACACAUACUAAUGUGUCAUGUUAUUCGACAAGUCCUAAUAUAUAUUAAAAAAAAUCAAUAAUUGAUUCUUUAUGUUCUAAUCAGUUAAAAUUUUCUAAAUUACAU